CGAUUGAAGAGAGCCGUUCUGCGUUUCAAACAGUCGGAAGGUAUCUGGGGUUUUGUGUAUUUUUUUUCUUCCUUUCAUAUAAUUCUGUGGGUCUUUUCCCAGAUAUGUAUUUUCUCUCAAAUUAACUUCUAACUUGUUUAAGUUUCCGCCCAUGUGACUUCCAGUGUGAGUUACCAGAAACCACAAGAGAGAGAGCGCGCGCGCAGGAGCCCCAAAGCGAGCGACAUGUCCCUGCGGGGAGCAGUGGCUCUGCACCCCCGAGUGAGGAGGACGCGGGGCUCGGAGGAGGCUGCAGGCCCGGCGGAGGAGGGACCUGUGCAGGGGGGUGGGCUGGUGGCCUGGGAGCCGGCAGGCAGGGAGGCCAGCUGGUGACAAGAGAGCCCACAGGCUGCGCCCAGAGCCCGGAAGACUGCAGCCAUGCCUCACAGCUCCGACAGCAGCGACUCCAGCUUCAGCCGCUCUCCUCCCCCCGGCAAACAGGAUUCGUCUGAUGAUGUGAGAAAAGUUCAGAGAAGGGAGAAAAAUCGCAUUGCUGCCCAGAAGAGCCGCCAGAGGCAGACACAGAAGGCUGACACCUUGCACUUGAAUCACAGAAUUAAAAAGAAAACUCAAAGAUGCUGUAAACCAACCUGCCACGGGACCAGUGGGAGCACUGAGGUCUUUCUCAAGGACACCCAAAACCCCAAACCUCUUGCCUGCUCACCAUUCGCUUUUGAUUUGUACCACUUUGUUGAAUAGGAUUUUAUUAUGCAGGUGUUGCUCUUACCUGUCCUUUUGCAAAGGGUAAGCCAAUAAGUAAACCAUUAACCAGAAGGCCUGAAUGACCUAGCAAUCUUUAGCAACAUAAUCCAAGCAUGCACAGCAAGAGAUGAGAAAGAGAGUCCAGGUUGAGAGGGACUGAGGUUUAAAUGUUUCUUUAUGUUAAAAAGCUCUUAAAGUUGUAAUACAAAAUGAAAAGGACAGUAAUACAUUGUGGAACAUACUUGCAUCAAAUUAAAUAAAUGCAGAUUUCAUAUUUAUACCAUAGAAAGGACAUCCUUUUUUAAGAAAAACAUCAAGACUCCCAUAGGUAAGUGGGCAGAAGCUAUGAACAGAAAACUUGCGUAACAUUUUUCCUACCAAAACGAAAAUAACCCAGUUUUCUAUUCUGAUUGUGAAGAUGAUACACACUAAGGACUACUGUCAUUUUGGGUUGCGUUAAUUCUUUGUUGGGGGAGGGGUGUCCCGUGCACCGUAAAAUGUAAAACCUAACCCCUACAUUCUAGUAGCAGCACCUCACGCCCCAGCUGAGACUAUGAAAAAUAUUUCCAGACCUCAUCCAAUGUCCCCUGGGGGGCAAAAUUGUCCCUGGUUGAGAAUGCUGUUCUAAGGAACAGACAAGUAGAAAAUUCUUCCUCCUUAUUUAUGGAUAACUUGUCGCAUUACAAGGAAAUUAAGAAACCUCCAAAAGGCUAACUGGCAAAAUAAAUUAUUUAAAAUUAUAGUGCCUAAAUGCCAAUGGAGUUACAGUGAAAUUGACACCUGUGUUCACCACUGGUAACAUUGUAUAUUUUACAUCAUCCUUUUACUGUAAUACAAUCGUGAACUGGUCUAAGACUGGUUGUGUCCUUUGCCCUGCUGAUCUCACUCCUACAAAUUUAUCCUAGGACACAACUGAACAAGACCCAGCACGCACAAGAUAUUCACUGCGGUAUUACUUAUAAGAGCAACCUUUUGAUAGCAACCAAAAUGUCCAACAUUAAACAACCAUUUUGGGGUAAAUUGUGGAUCUUCCAUUUGAUGACAUAGCCAAUAAAAAUGAUAGUGAUUAUGUAGAGGUGACAAAGUUAAGACAACGCAAAAUAUGAAUUGUAUUAUGUACAAUUUGAGAUUUUAUGC